GUAAUUGCAACAAAAGAAAUAAUAACAUCGCAACUACUAACUAACAUCAAAAGAAACAUAAAUUAAUAUUAUAGUCAACAAAAGAUAAGAAAUCAGGACAUUAAAACAUUUAGUUUCAAAGUCAACAGUUGCGCUUUUGUAGUGCACCUUUAGGGCAAACUGAUACAUUUAAGGGUUUCAAGGGAUACCAACUAUAAACAACACAGAAAAAAAUGAGCAACAGCGAGGACUCACAACAAUAUAUAAGCGAUAUAUUAGUAAAAGAAGAGGAUGAAGCCUCGGGUGACGAAUCUGACAAACAGGAUCAUGGCAUCAUGCUGCGGGAACAAGACCGAUUUCUACCCAUCUGUAAUAUUAUUAAGAUAAUGAAAGUUCCCGUCCCGCAGAAUGGUAAAAUCGCUAAAGAUGCACGCGAAUGCAUACAGGAAUGCGUCUCCGAGUUCAUAUCGUUCAUCAGUAGCGAGGCCAUAGAAAGAAGCGUGGCUGAGAAUCGAAAAACUGUCAAUGGCGAUGAUUUACUAGUUGCAUUUAGUAAUCUCGGCUUUGACAACUAUGUGGAACCCUUGUCCGUUUACUUGCAAAAGUAUCGAGAGUCAAAUAAGUCGGAUCGGAAUUUGUUCCUCGAUACCAAUUUCAUACAGAAUGAGGACUCGGCGACAACCAAUGAUAAUGUAAAGCAGUAAUAGAUUAUAUUUUUUAGCUUAUACUUAAUUUAGGCUAAAAAGGGAAGUGCAUAAUGAUCCAACAUAUAUAUAUAUAUAUACACAAAGAAGGAGAUGCAUGAGUAGUAAA